AUGCCUGCCCUCAAGCCGGCCGCGCCGGGCGCCGCCGCACCAGCAAGCAGCGCAACGGAGGCCAUCUACGUCGAUAACUCCAACGUGCAGGAGCUCAAGGCGACGUGCGACGAGGCCGUCGAGCGCAUCCUGACGCGCGCGCCGCACGGCUUUGCUGCCUCGCACCUGGCGGGAGACCUGCGCAUGGCGCUUGGUUUCAUCGCCGCGGCCGUCAUGAUCGGCACGAGCGCGUGGGCCUGGCGCCUGGAGCCCGAGUGGAGCAAGAACAAGUGGGGCUGCGGCGUCGCGGUGGCUGUCUACACGGUGCUCUCGGCCGUGCAGUACGUGCUGGCACACCUCUCGGCGGACCGCAUCUUCCUCGGCACGCGUGCGCGCAGCGGCGCCAGUCAGACGCUGGAGAUCUGCGCGCCGCCGCUGCCAAAGGCGCAGACGGACAAGCAGCCGGGCCCGGACGGCCAGCGAUGGACGACGCCGCCGGUGUACCACAUCGUGGUCAAGUCGGGUGGGAAGGAGGUCAAGAAGGAGGUCGGACACUGCGGCGAGUGGUUCACGAGCACAGGGGAGUUUGUCGAGUCGCACUUCGCCGAAUCGCUGCAGGCCGCGCUGCGGGACCAUCUGUGAAUGACAAGGGGAUGCCAGGAUGAUAGAAGCGACGCGCAGACGGCAGGAAGCAGCGAUGACAUGAGUAUUUUGGCUUGGACGGCACGAAGGAAAAGUACAGGGGCGGGACAGCAUUAGAGGAGGUCCUCGACGCGGACGGCUGCGAGGAUGGGUCAGCAGCACGCUCGCCACGUAUGCGCCCGCCAGCAACUCACGCAUCUCGUCGAUCUGCGUGGCGUAGUACUGC